UGCCCUCGGCGCUGGGUUCCGGAGGCCCCGCCCGCCAGGUUUAAAGCCCGCGGCCACAGGCGGGGCUCUGACCUCGGGGCCCGGGAUCGCGAAGUCGCGCUUCCCGCGCAGCGCACACCCACCCAGCUCCCCUCCUGCGCCCGUCCCGCAGGGCCGCGCCAUGCCCAGCCCCGGGCCGCGACCCGGCGGGCUGCCCGCAUGCCCCGCACUGCCGCGCCACGCGUCCUCCUUCUCUGUGGAUGCCAUCCUGGCGCGGCCGGGUCCCCGCGCGCCGGCCACCUCCCCGUCGCCCGUCCCCUUCCCCGUCCCCGUCCCCGCAGCCCCGGGGCUCUGGCCCGCUCCCUGGUGGUGCCCCGGCCCCGCCCUGCCCUGGGCGUGCGCGUCCUCCUGGCCGCCCGCCCCCUCGAGCGUGGGCGCCCACGCGUGGCUCCAGCAGCCCGCAGUGCCCCGGCUCCACGCGGCUCCCUCCUGCGGCCUCGCGGGCGUCGGCGUCACAGGCUGGGAACUGGCUCACUGCUUAGGCCUCUGGGCCCCUCCUGAGGACCUUCAGGACACGGAGAGACACCAAAAGAGAGUUCGAACUAUGUUCAACUUGGAGCAGCUGGAAGAGUUGGAGAAAGUGUUUGCAAAACAGCACAAUCUGGUGGGAAAGAAGAGAGCCCAGCUGGCAGCCCGGCUGCACCUUACAGAGAACCAGGUAAGGAUCUGGUUCCAAAAUCGCAGAGUCAAGUAUCAGAAACAACAAAAGCUGAAACCGCCAGCUUUGUCUGCUGUGGCUGCCUCCCCAGAUGAGCCCUCCAGCAGCUCCGACAGCAGCAUCCAAAGUGAAGAUGCUGAGUCAGGAGCAGACAGCUGAGGACAGCGACAGAAGCCCUACUACCUGGGGCACCCACUGGACUUAACUGUCUCACAUCCAGCUGAAGAGCCUCCUCAGGGUCAGAGAGCACCAAAGGAAUCCAAACUGUCAAGCAGGCCUCCCUUUUCCAUAUCAGAUCCUGGGAGCAGGAGUAACGAUUUUUUUGUUUUUGGUUUGGUAUCAGGACUAGAACUCAGCACCUCACACUUGCCAGGCAUGUGCUGCACCACUGAGCUAAAUCCUGGCCCUAAAGAGCAGGAAUAAUGUAAUGACUAGAGGCACAGACUGGCUGUCAGCCUUGUCCUUGACCAAGUUACUGAACUUCUGAACUAUUUUCCUUCAUUUGUGUAAAGGGUAUAUUAAUAACUUACACUUACGCAGUGGAACAUCAUGUCUGUAAAGCACCUACAAUGUGCUGGG